GAACAAAGAAAACCACUAAAAAUGACAAGUAGAAGACUUGAGGAGUCCAUGGGGGCUGUUCAAAUGGGGUUGGUCAAAAUGCUCAAAGGAUUCCAAAGCAAAGUUUUACCACCCCUGAAUCCAAAAGUGGUUGCAGAAGAAGAAGUAAACCAAAUGCUUACACCCUCAGAGUUCCUAAAAGAAAUGUCCCUCACCACGGAGCAGAAACUGGCAAACACACGUUCAAUGUGCCGACCACAGAUCAUCAAACUCUUAGAUAUGGGGGAAACAACACACCAAAAGUUUUCAGGAAUUGACCUGGAACAGGCAUUAUUCCAGCCCUUCCCAUCAGAAAUUAUAUUUCAGAACUACACUCCUUGUGAAGUCUAUGAAGUUCCACUGGUUUUGAGGAACAAUGACAAAAUUCCAAGAAUGGUGAAAGUUGUUGAGGAAGGUUCACCUUACUUUAAAGUAAUCAGCCCCAAAGAUGCCAGCCACAAAGUAGCUCCAGGAGUGCCAUCCAUAUUCCGAAUCCUCUUUACUCCAGAGGAAAACAAGGAUUACACCCAUAUGUUGACUUGUGUUACUGAAAGAGAAAAGUUUAUUGUGCCUAUCAAAGCUAGAGGUGCACGAGCCAUCCUAGAUUUUCCUGACAAGCUGAAUUUUUCCACUUGUCCAGUCAAAUACAGCACCCAGAAGAUUCUGCUGGUACGAAACAUUGGCAACAAAAAUGCUGUGUUUCACAUCAAAACUCAUAGGCCUUUCUCUGUAGCACCAACUACUGGAACUCUUAAUGUGGGAGAGUCCAUGCAACUGGAAGUGGAGUUUGAGCCACAGAGUGUGGGCAAUCACAGUGAAAGACUUAUUGUGGAUUAUGACACAGGUGAAAAGGUGUUUAUAUGUCUCUAUGGAGCUGCCAUAGACAUGAAUAUAAGACUGGAUAAGAAUUCCUUGAUCAUUGAGAAAACCUACAUAUCUCUGGCCAAUCAGCGAACAGUAACCAUUCACAACCGCAGUAACAUCAUUGCCCAUUUCCAGUGGAAAGUAUUUGCAACCCAGGAAGAGGAGGAAAGAGAAAAGCGUAGAAUCUGUGAUGAUCUGAUCAAAGAGGAAAAGGAUGAGACCGAUGAGUUUCUUGAAGAGUGCAUUAUUGAUCCUUUACUCCGAGAACAACUUUCCAUUCUGUCCCGCACCUUUGAGAAUCAGAAGAGGCUGGUUCAGGGAGACAGCAUGCUCUUCUUAGAUAGCAUUUUUACCAUGGAGCCCCUG